UAGUAUCCACUAUGAGACGAGGGACCACAGUCGGAAUCAGAUUGCUUCCCGGAUAUGCCUCUGAAUGGAUACGUGCUUCCGGUUUCCCGGGGUUUCAUUCCACAGUCUGAUAGCCGUUGCAGAUUGCGGGGUUCAAAAAGUAUGAAUCAUAACCUAGGGCCUAGGUGCUCUGCGGUAUCUAAACACCAUUCGCCAGGGGGAAGUAAUAGACUAGGUACCAAAAAAAGUGGAGUAUCAGCCCCUCAAGUAUCGACAGCGGAUACUCCCCCAAAUUCUGGCAUUGACAUCUCCGCAUAUAAGUGUAGAUCUACGUACGCUAUUUUGGGGUUUGACUGUUCCUUGUGGUUUAAGGACUGUGCUUCAAACCCACCAGGCCGACGAAAGGAAACUGCCAACAACUAGACUACUUCCGGUGUCGCACGCGAUAAGAUAUAUUCUGCUCCCUCUAUUGCCGUCAUUUCAAACUCAUGCGCACAGACG